AUGCAGUCGUCUCCGGCGAUUCACCUUCCGUACCGAUGUCGUCCGAUGUGUUCAGCGGCGUCGGAUAUGAAAGAGGUUGGCUCAUCGGACUCCGACGAAAUGGCGCUGCUUCAAAGCUCCAACAGGUUAUAUUCACCCGAACAAGUCCGUCGGAGAGUCUCCGGGAAGUCUUCUCCGGACGAAUCUCCUCGAUUUUGCCGGCAACAGUCGUUCGGCCGCGAUAUCGGUCAUGCGGCGGCAGAAACGUAUUUGGUUACUCGUCUUAGCUUCAACCUUCUUGGAUAUCUCGGGGUAGGUUACCGAUGGAUCACAAGAUUACUUGCUCUUGCUUGUUAUGCAAUGCUCCUUAUGCCUGGAUUUCUUCAAGUUGCAUAUAUUUAUUUUUUCUCGCCACAAGUAAGGAGGAGUGUAGUUUAUGGAGAUCAACCGAGGAAUAGGCUGGAUUUGUACAUACCGCCAACGAGUGAUGGCCUGAAACCGGUUGUAGUUUUCGUGACUGGCGGGGCUUGGAUUAUCGGGUACAAAGCUUGGGGUUCUCUCUUGGGACUGCAGCUAGCAGAAAGGGAUAUCAUUGUAGCUUGUCUUGAUUAUAGAAACUUCCCUCAGGGAACAAUUAGUGAUAUGGUUGGAGAUGUUUCUCGAGGAAUCUCAUAUGUCUGCAAUAACAUCUCUGCAUUUGGAGGCGAUCCCAACAGAAUCUAUCUGAUGGGGCAAUCAGCUGGUGCACAUAUCUCUUCCUGUGCUCUCAUCGAACAAGCCAUUAAAGAAUCAAGAGGAGAGAGCAUCUCAUGGAGUGUUUCUCAGAUCAAAGCUUAUUUCGGUUUAUCUGGAGGGUACAAUCUCUUCAAAUUGGUCGAACACUGCCAUAAUCGGGGACUGUAUCGUUCAAUUUUCCUAAGCAUUAUGGAAGGAGAAGAGUCAUUUGAACAAUUCUCUCCUGGAGUGAGAAUGAAAGACCCGAGUGUAAGAAAAGCAGCGUCUCUCUUGCCUCAUAUUGUACUCUUUCAUGGAUCUGCAGAUUAUUCCAUUCCACCUGAAGCAAGCAAAACUUUUGCAGACGCUCUCCGAGCUGUUGACGUUAAAACCGAUCUAAUUAUAUACGAGGGUAAAUCUCAUACUGAUCUAUUUCUUCAGGAUCCUCUGAGAGGCGGUAAAGACGAGCUCUUUGAUCAUAUCGUCUCUAUGAUUCACGCCGAGGACAGAGAGGCAUUGACAAAAGACGCGGUUGCACCACAGAGAAAACGGCUUGUUCCUGAAUUCUUGUUGACACUGGCUGCCAAAGUGAGCCCUUUCUGA